UCCAGCCAAUCAGGAGGUCCUCCGCGCUGCACUCCGGUCGCCUCUCGUCUCGACCGCGGAGAUUCGCCGGGUCCGGUCCGUGGCGAAGGUCUGGACCCGCAGCGGGAGCCAUGGCGAAGAUCCCCGCAGUGGGCCUGGGCACCUGGAAGGCAUCUCCAGGAGAAGCUACUGAGGCAGUGAAGGUGGCCAUUGAUGCGGGGUACCGGCACUUUGACUGUGCUUACUUAUACCACAACGAGAAUGAGAUAGGAGCAGGAAUUCGACAAAAGAUCAAGGAGGGUGUCGUGAGACGAGAGGACCUGUUUGUUGUCAGUAAGCUGUGGUGCACCUAUCAUGAGCCGUCCUUGGUGAAAGUGGCAUGCAAAAAGAGUCUGAAGGCCUUGAAGCUGGAUUACUUGGAUCUGUACCUGAUGCACUGGCCAAUGGGCUUCCAGCCUGGAGAAGAAGAUGUCCCUUUGGAUCUCUGCGGUGUAGUUAUACCUAGUGAUACAAGCUUCCUGAAAACAUGGGAGGCCAUGGAGGACUUGGUGAUUAAAGGGCUCGUGAAGGACAUUGGUGUGUCAAACUUCAACCAUGAACAGCUUGAGAGUCUUUUGAAUAAGCCUGAUUUGAAGUUCAAGCCAAUAACUAACCAGAUUGAGUGCCAUCCAUAUCUUACUCAGAAGAAUUUGAUUAGCUUUUGCAAAGCCAGAGAUGUGUCUGUGACUGCUUACCGUCCUCUUGGUGGCUCGAGGGAGGGAACGGACUUGCUGAAUAAUCCCACGAUUCGGAGAAUUGCAAAUCACUAUAACAAGUCAUGUGCUCAGAUUCUGAUCCGGUUUCAGAUCCAGAGGGAUUUGAUAGUGAUUCCCAAGUCUACAAACCCAAAGCGGAUUCAAGAAAACAUCCAGGUGUUCGAUUUUGAAUUAACAGAGAAUCAUAUGGAUGAAAUCAUGAGUCUUAACAAGAACCUUCGAUUGGCCACAUUCCCCACAACUGAAAGCCACAAAGACUAUCCUUUCCACAUAGAUUUCUGAGAGAGCGUCUCUUCUGGCUGCUGCUGUGCUCACACAAAUCGGAAGGUUGGCACCAUUGAGCCACCUCUGCAAGGCUCUGUGGUUGCCAUAGACCAGCGUUAGCCAGGGAAAGGACAACAGAGUGAGUGUCAGGGGAUGCUUGCCUGGAGCAGAGCCUGCUUCUCUGAGAAAUUCAAAGAACUAAGUGUCAUCUAAGAAAUGGAAAGAGUAUAGUUCUCUGAGGGCUUGGGAACUGUCCAGGGAAUCCCCACAGUUCUGAAGGAUCAUGUCAUGCAAGUUAAUCCAUGUGGCUUCUAUGCUGUAAAAAAAGAUAUCCUGCUUCCUAGAUGGAGAGGUAGCAGUGCACCCUCUACGUGAUCUUAAAGCAAAAUCCUUACCUGUAUGGAAAGGAAACGGUAAAUCUAGAGCUCCAUCUUUGUCAAUACAGAGAUUUUUUUUUCUUAUUUUAAAAUCUGAAUUUUAAUUUUAAUAUUAUUUUUAAAUAAGGUCUUCUAGUAAGUCAAAUUAUUCUUGUGGAAAUAAUUUUAAUAUUAUUUUUAAAUAAGGUCUUCUAGUAAGUCAAAUUAUUCAGAGAGGAAAUAUGGCUCCUGCCCCCCAUACCCCCUGGUAUGGCCUAUCCUCCCUCACUGUAACAGGAAGCGGCCUCCCAGGUGAGCCGAGUGUGAGGUGGUCUGAGGCACUGAGUGCUGCCUUUCCCACCCCUCAGAGUAUCUAGCCUCAUUCUACACACAGUUCCAUACCAACUCUCUGGGGACCCUAGGGGAUAGAGCUUCUGUCACUGACCUCAGGCUCCUACUCAGGGAAGUUAAGAAGAAAGAAUGUCCAAUGCUGCCCCACAGUGCUCCUUAUAGCCUCUCCCCUUUCACAUGUCUCCACUUCCAUCUUAGUAUGAGCCUGUCAGCAUUUCUGGUGCAAGACUCAGGGUAGGCAGCGUGUGAUGUCCCAGCGGCUAUAGGAGCUGGAUGGGGAUGGCUUCCCUCCAUGUCUGUUCCAUUCUCAUCUUAUCCCCAUUGGGCCAACUGACUUAGGAGAGCAGGUUCUGUAGUCAGUAGUGGUGACUUUCAAGCUCUGUGAUACUGAGCAAAUGAGUUUGCUUUCCAGAGCCUCAGUUUCUGCAUCUGUUCAAUAAGAGCAGGCUAUUGCUCAGUUCCUCAUACAGAUUGUCUCCUAGAGGUAGGAAUAUCUCUUGGGGCUCUGGGCCCCAAAAGAGGGUUUUGCCACAAAAAGACAUCUAUUACUAAUACAACAGCCUCAUAUGAGAAUCAUCAUGGCAGAGGUAGAAUUGGGGUCAGUUUUGUAUGGAUUGACCAAAUCUCCAAGGAAAGGUUUAAUAAAAAGACUGUCUUUAAAGACUCUGGGGAGUGCAGGGGCAUUUGGGGGUCUCCUACCACCUGCAUAUUCUCAGGCAGUGUCUCAUGCUCCACAACCAUGCACUUUAAUUUUUCCAGGUCCAUGAAAAUUUUGACCAAGGCAUAAGAGUAGUUAUGAAGACAGAUAGAACCAUUUUAUUACCCUAAGGCAAUAAUCAGCCAGGCAAACUUAAAAUAUAACUGUUAGGUGUUUAGGAUGCCAUGCAACUGGGCAAAACCCAUUCAUUGGAAGUUUUUUUUUUAAAUUUUCUGAUCUUAGCUGAAAUGCCAAGAGAAAAACUUUUAAAUGGAUUUGUGUUUCAAUUUGUAUUUAUUUUAAUAGAAGAAAAAAAGAAAGAAAAUAUAAAAAAGAGAAAAAAAUAGAGAGGUAUUACUGAAGCCAGUUCUUACCUGCUCACUGCUUGAAAGCCAAUAUUAGGAGAGGAGAAUUGGUGCAGAGGAAAUCAGGUUUCAUCAAGGGCAGCACCUGCCUCCAAAAGAACAUUUUAGAGAACCCAGGUAUGCCCCAGGGCUUUUAUAGGGUAGGAAAGGAGGUGCAGCCGUGGGACAACAGGCAGGAAGAUAUGUCUUUCCUUCUCUCCUUUUUUUCUUUUAUUCUUUCUGGCUAGAACACCACAAUUGACCUUGGGCUAGCUUGUUCAGUUAUUUAGACAAAUAUGUUACUUUUAUGUAAGUUAAACAUCUCAACAGUUUAUGGAUUGUGUGUUAGUUGAUGCUCAGGAUUGCAGAGUAAGAACGGGUGUUCUACAUUCUGAUGUUAUCCAAAGGUGCACCACAUGUUCUGGGGUCUGUAAAUCUGAAGAAAGAUUAUUUAGCCAGUAACAUCUAGAUCAUUUAGGUGCAGCUUUUCUUUAGAAUUUAGGAUGUCAGACAAAAGGAGAAUGUUGUGGUUUAGAUCUGGAGUGUCCUCAAAAGCUCAUGUGUUAGGCAUUGUAGCGUGUUCAGAGGGCAAACGACUGGAUCAUGAGGGCUCUGAUCUCUCCAGUGGAUUAUAAUUUGACUCCACUUACUGGGAGGUGGUGAAUACUACUGGCUGGGGCAGUGUGGCCUCGGGGAUUAUAUCUGCCCCUGAGCCCUUCCUGUCUCUCCACCCUUCCCAGCUGCCUUGAGCUGAGCAGAUUUCCCACCACCAAUGUUACUAUGUACACCCAGCAAAGCUUACUUUCAUAUUUGAGGGGGAAAUAAAAAUUUCCUAUGACAAGAAUAAGCUAAAAUAAUUAAUGAGCACCAAUCCAGUGCUACAAUGAAUACUCAAAGAUAAACUUUACACAGAGGAAAUACAAAAUGAUUCUCAAAGGUUACAAACAGAAGUUUGAUAGAAGAAUAAUCCAACAAAAGACAAUCAAAAUGGGAUAGAAUAUACCAAAAAAAAAAAAAAAGGGGGCAGGAAACCACAAACACAUAUCCAUACUAACACUGAAUGUUAAUGGUCUCAACUCCCCAUUUAAAAGAAACGGAUUGGCAGAAUGGAUCAAAAAGCAAGAUUAAACUGUACGUUGUUUAUAAGAGACUCAUAGGCAAAGACAUGCCCAGGCUGAAGGUGAAAGUAUAGCAAGAUAUUCCAAACAAAUUGUCCAAGGAAACAAGCAGAAGUAGCUAUUCUCAUAUCUGACAAAGCAGAUUUCAAGCAAAAAUCAAUUAGAAGUGACAAAGAAAUCCACUGCAUCUUAGUAAAGGGAACAAUCCAACAAGAAGAUAUCAUGAUAUUUAUUCCCCAAAAGUCAAUAUACCCAAUUACAUGGAGAAAAUACUCCAUGAGAUUAAAUCCCAUAUAGAAUCCAAAACAAUAAUUAGAAAAAAAAUAAUUCUUAAAUUUAUUUAGAGUAAGAGAUGCAGUAUACCCAAAAUAAUAUUUAGUAAGAAAAGAAAAUAGGAGGAAUCACAAUGCCUGAUCUGAAAUUAUACUAUAGAGCUAUAGUAACAAAAAUAGCAUUGUAUUACCAUCAAAAUAAACAAAGACCAAUGGAAUAGAAUAGAAGACACAGUCAAAUGCACAUACCUGAUAUUUGACACAGGUGUCAAAAAUAUAUCUUGGAGAAAGGCAGCCUUUUUAACAAAUGGUGCUGAGAAAACUGAAGAGCCAUAUGUGGAAUAAUGAAAUAGACCCCUGUGUCUCACCCUGCACAAAACUCAAAUUGAAAUGGGUCAAUACUCAGAAGAAAACAGGGUCAAUACUCCAUCAAAAAUGCAUUAGCACCAACUUUCUUAACAAGAUCCCCAAAGUGCAAGAAAUAAAACCAAGGAUAAAUAAAUAAAUAAAAUGCUUAGGCAUAGAAAAGGAAUGAUUAAGAGUAUCAAGAGAUAACCUAUAAAAUGGGAGACAAUCUUGGCUAGAUACCCUUCUGAUAAAGGAUUAAUAUCCAUAAUAUAAAAGGACUUAAAUAACACCAAAAAAAAAAACAACC